GUCCUCGUUGGCUACCCAGACCCUCAGAAGCAGAUGCAGAUCAGAGGGAGAUCUCCCCGGCAGAUCUAACUAGUCAAAGGGCGGGUGUUGGCCAAACGAAUGACGCCGUUCCCCAGCAGAUACUCUGCCACUCACAACAACUCCUGAGCCACCAGUGUGACCUCAGCCUGGCUGGAGAUGUAACCGGAGAAGCAGCAAAGCUUCUGGUAACUGGGGAGCACAGAUCUGGAGGGAGAGCAGGCUGAGAACCAUCUACCGAACACCACAGGGGAAGGUUUGCAAGUAACGGGGUCCACAACCAUCUCCGCUAUGCAGACAACAAGAAGUGCUGCCCUUCUUGGGCUUGCACUUCUCAGCUGCCUUUCUGAUAUUGUUGUUGCUGAACGACUGCUGGGUGAACCAGGCCAGCUCAACCAGCCGGGGCUCCAGCCGGGGUUCCAGCCAGAGUUCCAGCCAGGGUUCCGACCAGGGUUCCGUCCAGGAUUUCGGCCAGGGUUCCGUCCAGGUCUUGAGCCGGGUCUCCAGCCAGGUCUCCAGCCGGGUCUUGAGCCAGGUCUCCAGCCAGGGUACCAGACGGGUCUCCAGCCGGGUCUUCAGCCAGGUCUUGAGCCAGGUCUCCAGCCAGGAUUCCAGCCAGGCCUUGAGCCAGGUCUCCAGCCGGGAUUCCAGCCGGGAUUCCAGCCGGGGCUCCAGCCGGGAUUCCAACCAGGUCUUGAACCAGGUCUCCAGCCGGGUCUCCAGAAUGGAAUUAACAACUUGCAGAUCGACUGCAGCGACCAGAAGAGCAACAACCUCGUCUGUGCCAUCGGCUUCGACCCUCUUUGUGGCUCCAAUGGCAGAACUUACAAAAACAAGUGCGAGUUCUGCAAAGCAUUUUUGCGGAAUGAGGGAAGUCUGUUCCUCAGACACCGUGGCAGAUGUUGAGCAUUGGAACUGUACCCUUCGACCUGAUUUUUCCCUUACAAAUCCUGCAAGAAAACAUGCUAACACACUCUUCCCUGCUUUCUCGACUGUUGCACCUUGGUCUCUGCUUUGAUCAAUAAAUGAAAUGCAGCCAC